UCCCGCAAAGCGCUCGUUCGAAGGCAUCGCCCGAACCGUGUAGUAUGUAGCAUCGUUUGCUCUACAGGUGCCGGUUCUGUAUAUCGCAUGAUAUAUGACAGUGAUUACGUCGGUGGUACGAGUUGCAUAAGUGAAGGGGCCACGGGUGUUUGUUGGAAUUAAUCCGCGCCCCCUCAGUGGCAGCUCUGGCCUGCAACCAGGCGCUAGAGCGGCUUAUUUGCCUCCUGUGGGCGGCGUGAGCGAAACAAGGAGCCUAAGUAAUAAGGAUUCGUGAUAGUACACCUAUCUAUUGAAAUGUGGUGAUCAAAGGCAGCACGAAACAAAUAAUGGUGACUAGUAGAUUCAAUAAAUAUUGAAUGUCAUGUGAGUUCGGCGGGAAUAUACCAAAAGGGCGAUGCUGCCUCUUCGCUUUUGGCUGCUUCUGCUAUUUCUACUGUUUGUAUUUAAAAAGGGAACCAGUCAAGCAACAGAUGUGGACGUGAAGCUGGUUGCUCCGAGCUGGGUAGCCAGAGGCAGCUCAGCGACAUUACGAUGCCUCCAUCAAGUGCCACCUCAGCUGUUGUACAAGGUGGAGUUCCAGAGAUCUGGUGCCAAGAUCCUGCAGUAUGUGCGGGAGAGAGUACCGCCGUAUACUAAUUAUACCUUUCAAGGUGGAAAGAUAAACAUGUCCCUUGUAACUGAAAACUCGAUAACUAUAGAGAAUUUAGACCCGACCGCAUCAGGGCUGUACUGGUGUGAAGUGUCCUUGGAGACUCCGAUAUUCACAGCAGCCUCUCCCCCUCACCAGCUGACCGUUGUGUAUUCUCAAAAGCACCCACCCAUAAUAACGUUCGGAAAGCCCGAUGUAGUUGUUGGUGGCCUACUUCGCGCCAACUGCACCAGUGCCCCGGCAGCUCCCGCGCCAAAACUCAUCUGGUAUAUCGAUAACGAAAAGGUACCCGAAGACUCAAUAAAAUACUUCUCAUACCGCGUCUCGAGCUCCACUCGCACCAAGGGCGGCGGCUACAGACACAGGAAGCACCAGCAUCGCUACAUAGCACCGGAGUUCAACUACACCGCAAAGUACUGGGCUCUGGUCAGCGAGACCACCACGCCCUCACCAGCCAACCUUACUAAGCAUAGCAAGUGCACCCUUAAGGAUGGACAUGAUGAAGUUGCGAAGAUAAGCGAGAAACCUCGUGAGCUCGCACCACCUCCCAUUUCCCUGUGGGUGUCUAUCGCGGAACUCAGGACACCAGCUCAUGGACGCCUGCAGCUGACAUGCACCGCCACCAUCCCUGAUGAAGUAGGCCCAGGGGAGAAGUUCGCUGAUAUCAAGAAACAAACUGUUACAGUUGCGGUGAACGAGCUCAGCGUGAAAAAGCCCCGAACAGAAACGAGUGUUGCCAACGCUACUUCUGCGACACUGCAACAUUUCGACCCAAUUUGGCUUAUCGGCUGCGGUUUUCUGAUCCAUGAGCUUAGAAUACCCAUUAACUAGUCUACUAAUAAUACUUCGAUGUUCUUUAAUCCUAAAGAUAGUGUUUUAAUGUUUUCGUCUCACUUUCAAGGUAUAGGGUUGUUUAAUUUCGAUUUAGGUAUUUUUUUGAUAGCGGAACUUCGAAAACUGAAAGUGAAAUUGUUUUAAAGAAUUUUAAAGUAUGCAUAUAUAAUAUAUUCAAAGAAAAAUUUAUAGUAAUUGUUAUUAGGAAAUUUCUAUCUUGAUAUAUCCGAGCUUCCUUCCGGUCAAUUACGCUUUUCGUUUACAGGGUUCCCUUCAUUAUUUAUUGCUUUUGAAUCCGAGAAAAGAAUAUUUCAAAAUCUUAAUAUUUUUGUAUAAAAUUGUACUUAAUAUAACAAAUACCUAUUUAUCCUAUUUACAAACUGGUUGGUAUCUUUCAAAUGUAAAAUUAAAACGGUCAAGAAAAUCGCCGAUCUACACAAAUUAUUUAUUUAUUUACCAACAUUAUAAAUGUUGGUAAAUAAAUAUCUGCAAUAUCAAUUGUAAAGAAGCCAAAAAUUAUAUGAAAUAUUAAGGUAC